AUGGCAUCUCAGGUCGAAGAACUAAAAUCUAAAGCCAAUGCUGCUUUUUCGGCUGGUGAAAAUGAUAAAGCAAUUAAUUUAUAUACUCAAGCAAUAGCUCUCGACGAGAAAAAUUAUGAACUUUACAGUAAUCGUUCAGCUGCUUAUGCUAAAUUAAAUAAAUAUGAAUAUGCAUUGAAAGAUGCCGAAAAAUGUAUUGCACUCAAACCUGAUUUUGUUCAAGGAUAUUCAAGAAAGGGUGUUGCAUUAUCAUUUCUAAAUCAAUACGAUGAUGCAAUACGUGUUUAUGAAGAGGGUCUUAAAAUCGAUUCAAAUAAUCAGCAAUUACUUAGUGAUCUAGAAAAAGUACGAAAAUAUGCAAAUAAUAAACCAAUAGCUGAUGAAAUAGGUUUCUUCUCUGAUCCAAAAUUCAUACAACAACUUGUUACAAAUCCGAAAGCUCAACAACUUCUACAAGAUCCUGAGACAGCUAGACUUAUGAAACUAUUACAAGAUCAACCAAAUAAUGUUACAUUAUUGGCUAAUCCAAAGGUACUAAAAUUAAUUGGAACUGUACUUGAUAUGGGCACGAGCACUGUAAAUCGGCAUGGCAAUAAAAAAGCAACGAAUACAAAAAAACAAACAACAACAAUAACUACAAAUGAACAACAAAAUGAAACUUUAACACCAGAACAAAAACAAGUAAUAAAAUAUAUAGAAUAGUUUAUACACAACUAGAUGAUAAACACAAUCCAUCAAGCUUCUAUCAUAUGAACUUAAUUAGAAAUUAAGGUCAAAAAGACUAGCUCAGUAGUAGUUACUUCGAUUGAAGACGAGUUAUUAUAUGCCAUAAGUCUUUUUACUAUGAGUUCUAUCAUUCAACAAGAAAUUAGAAUAAUUAUCUUAUUAAUCUAUCAUUAUACUCAAUAGUCAUAUAAAAACAAAACUAAGUAUUGAUAGUGUCAUCAAAUGAUAAAAUCUUUUCCCUUCUUGCAUUAAGGCCCCCCCCCCCCGCUCAAAAAAUGUCAAAUUUCGUCAGAAUCAUCGAAAUUGAGAAAAAUGCAUAGGAAGAUAGCCCGUGAUCUGCUCUUUCAUAUACGAUAAAAAUUUUUAUUCAGCAUCUCUUCUUUUUCAAAAGUUUUGGAAGAUUUUCGUCACCCUCUAUUCGAAAAACAGGCCGUUUUUACAAAAAACCGAAAAUCGUUUUUCAUUUUUCUCAGAAGGUAGGUUCGACGACGUAGCGCCACCGCCAU